AUGGCAAGUAAAGAGACAUGUGCCGGUUGCCUUAGAGUUAAGGAAAAUAAUGUUGCUGAUCUAUGGUGUAAUGAUUGUGAAGAACCUGUUUGUCGACCUUGUAGUAAAGUUCAUAGAAAAUUUUCUAUACCACAUGACAUUAAAGAAAUAAAAAAACUGUCUAACUUUAAGAAAACCUCAACAAAGAACUGCAAAGUGCAUGCGGGACAAAAGUUAAUCUUUUUUUGUGUACGUCACGAUGAAAUUCUGUGCACAACUUGUUUAUCUGGGUCCCAUAUAGAAUGUGACAUUAACCAUAUAGAGAAAACUGCCAUGGGAAUCAAGGAAAGCUCAGAAUUGCAUAAUCUCAAAGAAAGAAUUCACAAACAGAAAUAUGUAAUCGAAAAACUGAAAAAGGAAUUUGAUGAACUUUCUGGUAGAAUACACAAGAAUAAAGAGCAACAGUUUGAUCGACUUAAUCAGUUACGUUUAGGCGUUGAAGACUGUAUGAAUCAAUUAGAAAAAAAUAUGGAAACUCAUUACAGCCAGGUUGUAGAAAAAUUAUCGAGCAAUUCAAAUCAAUUGAACUUUCUGGAACAAACAACAGAAGAAAACACCAAAGAAAUUGAAAACACAAAAAAAUUAGAGAGUGAAGUAAAUUUGCUUUAUCUUUUAAAACGUCUCAAUACUAUUCAAAAGUCAGAUGAAGAGAAAAUUCAGUGUUUGGAGAAAGAUAUCAAUACCAUGUUAUUUCAAUUUAUUCCUGAAAAUGUCAUUGAAAAUGUUGAUGCAAUGGUUCAUGUCUUAGGUACUCAGCAGACACUUUCAAAAAGCCCGCAAGGAAGUAGUAUGGCGCAACAGUCUCAGUUGCAUAUACAUUCAGAGGAAAAUCAACCUAUUAAACACACGCGAAAAUUUAAUGCAGAUGAGUCGUGUAUGUUUUAUGGUUGCUGCUUUAUCGACGAGAACAACGUUAUAACUAUCAAAGAGAAAAUUUCUUAUAAUCAAUAUACACUGGAAAAUAUCAAAACCCUAUACCUGCAAGUCAUCAACCUUCAGGAUGGGUUGUCAAAUUCGUUUCAAAUUGAUUCUGAGUGUGCGACUCUGUGUAAAGAUACAAUAUGCACGGUCGAUUCAAACAACGUCCUGCUUGUUGGAGGAGACGGUAUAUACCUUAUGGAUCUAGAAUCAGAAAUACUUGCACGUACUAUUAAAGUUGACAAUGAUCAUUCAAUAACUUGUAAAUUAGUAACUUUUAUUGAAAGUCAAAUUGUAGUCCUUUGUCAACAGAUGAUAGAUGAAAAAAUGUGCGACUAUAUUUCUUGGAUUGACUACAACGGGAUAAGUUUAAAGAAACUCAGUUUACCGGGCGAUGUUUGUGAUCUAGUUAUUAAUGAUUCACAAGUGUAUUGUACAUUUAACGACGUAAAUAAUGUUACUUGUACAAGUUUCUCUGGCGAAAGUCACAUAUAUUACACAAGCCUGGACUUGAUAGAAAGUUGUAAGAUUACCGCGGGAGAUUCUAUAAUAGUAUUGUUAGAAAUGAAAAGAAAUGCCAUCUAUACAGUAGAUCCUAAAACUCUUAAACGGUCUAAAAUUCAUGAACGUAUCUUUCACCCAACUCAUAUGAAUUUAAAUAAGAAGACCAAAGAACUGGCAGUAACUUGCAAUAAUGGAACAUGUUUGAAAAUCUUCAAUUCGUUCAUUUAA